GACUUCGGGCGUUAAAAACGCCGAGAUGAAAGGCACAGCGGCAUGUCCUGCUUUAUACGGUAUCUGCAAACAGAUGACACGCUGGAACCACUGAAAUGAGCAACCACUGUCAAUUCUUUCUUUAACUUUAAGUAGUCUAUCUCGCUAUCCAUCAAGAGUUCACCAUCCAUUCAUUUCAGCUUUCUGUACAUCUUCCAACAACAUUCGCUUUCUUCAUUGACCCGGAGUCCUUCAUUUAGAUUCAUCAACAUGCCUUCUUUCCGCCAAAUCUUCCCUGUACUCGCUGCCGCUGCCUCUAUUGAGGCUGCCAUGGGCCCAUCCUUCAGUACUGGUCCUGUUGGCUCUGGAUCUUGGAUCCGGGAGUCCACAUCAACACUUGUCUUGCCCAAAACUCCUAGCAAUAAUGCUGGAGAUGCCUCCCUCUGGGUUGGCAUGGGUACCUCCAAUGGCGAUCUGAUCCAAUCGAUUGCCGACGCCUUCCAGUCAACGUCGUCAUGGUCAAUUUUCGCCUACACCCUCCAGAGCACCGGCAGCAACUCUCAGAUGCCCGUUCAGACUGAUGGCACUAAUGCUGUCGCGGCCGAGAAAGUCACUAUGCACUACAAAUUCGACGACGCCACUGGCAACUACACCCAAUAUGUCUCUAUCAACGACAAGCAGGUCGCCACCCUUAGUACCAGCGAUGGUCACGCUGCGGGCUGGGGUAGCGCCGUCGAGUGUGCCGAGGACAACUGCGGUACUAUGCCCGCUCACAAGUGGAUCAACACGGUCAUAACCCUCGACACGGCCGACCCCAACUACGACCAGACUAUGGGCAAGGGUGAGGGCGUCACCGGCGAGAUGUCCACCGACGAUGGUGGCAUCACCUGGAAGGUCACUGAUAUCAAUAUCCCCGAGUACACCUUCGGCCAGUAGAUGCUGCAUUGGUCGCCGACCGAUGGCACAGAAGUGGUCCGCUGUGCAGGAUAGCGAUAAUUUUUUAUGGCCUUGAAGGCUGCUCGAUCCAAUGUAUCAUACUC